CACGCCCGAGACUGAGAUACUUAAAUUAAGGGAAGCGGAUGAUGACAUCUUCAUACCUAAGCUUCACCGGUUAAAAAGCUUCUUGCUCAAUACACCCGUUGAUAAAUCGAGCAAUAAACAGCCUAAAUGGAGGGAUUUGAACUUUGACAUCGUUGGACUGGAAAAGAAAUACUUCAAAAUUCAACAGAAAAGAUGGGCUGUAACUGCAGCUCGGACUACUCAGACGGCGAAUGGAUGGAGAACUUGGACGAGAUCUGUGAACACUGCAACUGCCCCAUAUCGCCCCAGUCCGGCAACCCCUACACAAAUCAGCUGAUCCCAUAUGCAUCACAGUGUUCCCCUCCUACGUCUCCUUUACCAGACAACCUUGUGGUGGCCAUAUACAGCUAUGAACCAACACACGAAGGAGAUCUGGGCUUUGAGAAAGGAGACAAACUCAAGAUCAUCAACAAGGAUGACCCGGAAUGGUAUCUGGCUGAGUCUCUCAUCACAGGCCAGCGGGGAUACAUCCCUCACAACUUCAUCGCAAUGACCACAAUGGAGACUGAGCCGUGGUUCUUUAAGAACAUCUCUCGAAACGAAGCCAUGCGGCUGCUGCUCGCUCCUGGGAACACGCAGGGCUCCUUCCUCAUUCGGGAGAGUGAGACGACCAAAGGGUCGUACUCCCUGUCAGUCCGAGAUCUGGACCACAACACCGGUGAGGGAGUGAAGCACUACAGGAUCAGGAACAUGGACAACGGCGGCUUCUACAUCACGGCCAAGAUCUCCUUCAACUCCCUGAAGGAGCUCGUCCAGCAUCACUCAAGAGACGCAGACGGUUUGUGCACGAAGCUGGUGAAACCGUGUCAGUCGAGGGCACCGCAGAAACCCUGGUGGCAGGACGAGUGGGAGAUUCCCCGAGAAUCCCUCAAGCAGGAGCGCAUGCUCGGAGCCGGACAGUUUGGAGAAGUGUGGAGGGGUGUCUACAACAAUGACAGGAAAGUGGCGAUUAAGAAGCUGAAGAUUGGCACGAUGUCGGUGGAGGCCUUCCUGGCGGAGGCCAACAUGAUGAAGAACCUGCAGCACCCUCGCCUGGUGCGCCUCUUCGCCGUCGUCACACAGGAGCCGAUCCUCAUCGUCACAGAGUACAUGGAGAACGGUAGCCUGGUGGAUUACCUCAAGACAACAGAAGGAAGCUCUUUGCCCAUGAACACGCUGAUAGACAUGUCAUCUCAGGUGGCUGACGGAAUGGCCUUCAUUGAAGAGAAGAAUUACAUCCAUCGAGACCUGCGAGCUGCAAACAUUCUGGUUUCUCAUGAGCUCAUCUGUAAGAUUGCUGACUUUGGACUCGCACGACUCAUCGAGGACAAUGAAUACACAGCCAGAGAGGGUGCCAAGUUCCCCAUUAAGUGGACAGCUCCAGAGGCCAUUAACUAUGGCACCUUCUCCAUAAAGUCUGAUGUUUGGUCAUAUGGGAUUCUCCUGACAGAAAUAGUGACAUAUGGACGCAUUCCUUACCCUGGCAUGUCCAACCCAGAGGUGAUCCAGAACCUGGAGCAGGGCUACAGAAUGCCGAAGCCAGAAAACUGUCCCGACGGGCUCUAUAAUGUCAUGUGUAUGUGCUGGCAGGAGAACCCAGAGGACAGACCUACUUUUGAGUACCUGAGGAGCGUCAUGGAGGACUUUUUUAUUGCCACAGAGAGGCAGUACCAGGAAUAGCUCGGCUGGAGCGUAGAAAAAUAAAGACACGUACUGAACCAAACUCAAGCCUGUGUGGAAGGGGAAGCUGGAUUUUGAUGUGCUCCUUGAAGAAUGCAUGCCUUUCGACAAACUUCUGUGGUAUAAAGUGAGAUUUCCCAAGUAAGAGUACUUUGUUCCUGCAAGAAAAUGUAUUCUCAAGUUGUCUCUUAUAAAUCAAUCACUUAUGGAGCUGUGAACCUGCACCAGAAACAGCUGGACUGCAGCCAGCUGCCGAGAGCAGAGUAACCCCAGUCUUGCCUGAAUAAACAGGGGAGUGUGUGAUAGCGCUGGAUAAGAAUCUGCUCCUCUGGUGCUCAUUAUUAACAUGUAAAUAAAUACUGUCAACUGCUUCUUCAGUGUUUCACCUCUGCAAUGUAAUGAAUGUUUUUAAAUGUUUCUGCUUACAGUAAAGAACUUUUACGAGGUGUUUGCUUCUUGCUGCAUUUAGAAGGACUGACGCAAAAUAAAAUAAAAUCAGGUGGAGCAGUUAAAUAAAAAAACUUCACAUUGGGGCAUUAUGUCAGAGCUUCACGACCUUCCCAAAAUCACAGGAGACAUACAGGUUUGGGACCCACUGCAUUAUAGUUCAACAAAGAGUGCUGAAAUCAUGAAUCAUUCAUUUGGCUCGUGAGUUUAUUUAAUAUAUAGGUAACACUGACUUGCCAGUGUACUGUAGCAUCUCAAGAAUAGUUUUAUUCAUUCUACCAUCUGGAUGAGAAGGUCUUUUUCCUGAUGUUUGACCGCCAUCUCACAGCAUCCACAUGUCCAAAUGUUGAAACUGAUCCCAAUUCCUAGUUUUUCAGUUAGUGUAUGGUAAAUGGUAAAUGGUCUACACUUAUAU